UUCUUCUACUGAAUCUACUAAUUCAUCUAUGAUCUAUCAUUAUCUUGCUUUGGAUUUUGCAUAAUUUCCUUUACUGGUAGUUUCUUUAAUUUCUUGAGGCGUUUCGUUUAAUUUCGUAUAUUUUUGUUUAAUUUUUUAGUUUAAGGUUUUAUCCUUUGUUUUGGAAGAUAACCUAGUGCCGUUGACUUGCUUGUCCCUUUCUAUUUUUGAUCUGGAUCGGAAGCAAUCGUUUGUGAUUUUGAUUGUUUUCGGUUCAAUGAUUUAGAAAUUUUCAUAUCCGUUCAAGAUGAGCCACGUUGACGAUUAUUGGAAGGAUCGUGCUUUCCUAUCCCGAGGAGACCUUCAAGGUCAACAGCCUGAGAAUGUGGCAUUAGAAGUACAAUCUGAUACGUUCAUGAUGAGCCACGCAGACGAUUGCUCGGAGGGCAUAGAUUUUUCUGAUCUCCACAAAUAUUUGAAUUCUGUUCCCCAUGGAGACCAAGAUCAACAGCCUGAGAAUGCGCCAUUCGAAGCACAAUCUGGCAUGAACGAACCACAAAUAUCGCCCGGUGAUAAUCAGGAGAACUCGUCGGGCAGGAAAAGAGACCGGGGAGUAACUCUCAACUUUUCCGAUGCCAAAGAAAAACGCCCAAGGAGACAGAGCUGGCGCCGGGGAACUGAUUUUACCAGUGAAUCGUCAACUCCCGGGGAACCAGAAAAAACGGAGGAAUUGACUUAUGCCGAGCAGAUCACGCCUUUAACGGUGGGGAAAAGUGCGAAACUUUUGAUAGAUCGAAUCAACCAUAGGCUGAAGAGCGCGAGGGAGCUGCUACAUAAUUCAGGCGGCAUCCGCGAUACCAUUGAAGGGUUUCGGUCACGGGCAGCCGAAAUCCAAGGAAUGAUGAAAGAUGGUGGUGCUAUGAAAGCUGAAUUCCAAAAAGUUAUGAAAGUUGAAAUCCAGAAAUCUAUGAAAGAUAUGGAUGAUACGGAAGCUAAAAUCCAGGAAUUUAGGAAAGAUAUGCAUGCUACGGAGGCAGAAAUCCAAAGAAUUAAAAAAGUUAUCACGAAGAUUCCCAAGGAUGGUAAAUUAACAGUAGCUGCGGCAAAGCAGAGAUUGAUCAAUAUGGAAAACGAGUACUUCAAAAAAUUCCUUCAGGAUUUGCAAAAUGCAAGAAAGAUGUAUAAACAAAUCCUUCAGGAAACGAACAAAAUUGAUGAAAAAAUGCUCUAACUUCCACAAUUCUUCCUUAAGAAUAAUAGUAUGGAAUACAGCAAGGAGACUCCAAGAGAGAAGGUUUACUUGUCGCACCCGAGUUGCAAAAUCCCACUUAAACAG